UUCUGAAAUCAAUCGGGUCACCCCCUACGCAUUCAUGGGCACCAACCAUGUCAUAAGUUCACUGACUUGGCAAAACACAAUCGCUUGUUUCUCUGUUCGACAGUUUUCACAUUUUAGUGAAAUUUAUCAUUUUUUUUUACGGAAGAAUUUACCCUUAAAGUAACAAUUUAAUGAAGGGAGGUUUUUGGUGAUUGAAAUACCUCAAAAAUGCGACUCCUCUAUUUCACCCUGAUCUGUGGGUUAGCGAUAGCAGUUGCUCCAGCAGCCAGCCUUCGGCAUCGUCUGCCAAAGACAAUCCGGACGUUUAUUGAUACACCAAGCUCUUCGACUGAAACGCCAGACUCAUCAACUGAAACACCGAACUCGGAUACAGAGACAUCAGAAACACCAGAAACUCCAGACACAACAGCUGACAUACCGGACACCCCAGAAACCCCCGAUUCCAAAGCUGUUGUUCCUGCCUCGCCGCAAAGUAGUGAUAUAAGCAUAGACGAUGAAGAAUCCGGAUCUGGACAUGAGGAUCCUACCGCUAUUUCAGGCAAAAAAAGCAAACAUGUUAGACACCACGAGAAGACAGAAAGAGCCGCGAAGAAAAGCUCAAAACCACAAGCUCAGAGUCCAACUGAAUUAAAAAGCUCAAAGAAACAAUUACUUGGAUACCCUGAGCCCGAUGGCGGACAACAAGAAGCAAUGGGGGAUUUUGGACAAGGAGGUCCCCCUGGACAAGGGCUUGGUGGGUUAGGAAGAGGAGGAUUGGGGAGUGAAAUCGAAGGCAUGCCCGUAGGCAUGGGGGCUGGUGGUGAGCCCCUUGGAUAUAGAGAGCGACAAGAGGGAUUUCCAGGGCAAAACUUUCAUAUACCCGGAAUUGCUGCACCUUCGAAUUACGGGGAUAAUGCGGAAGUUGGUCGUAACAACGAUGACGAUAAUGGCAUGAUCGGUCGAUACACUGAAUCAGAUGAUGUCGAUACAAUGACGCAACGUGCUAUUACGAAAAUAAACGGAGUUGAUGACGACAGCCCAAACGGCUAUAGUAAGGAAUCCAUGUACUCAAACGUAGAGCCAGAUAUGUCCGUCACAAAAGCCAUUGGGCGCCCGUUUCAGCCGGACGGCGAGCCAGCUGGAGGAAAUAUGGAUGAGCGUGAAGACAGUCCUUUCCAAGCUGUUAGACAAGAAAGUCCGUUCCAGAUCCCCAUGAACAGCAUUGCUGCACAAGCCUCGUAUGCGCAAUCACAGAUGUCUCGGUUUCGUCCGGAAUCUGCUGGUCCAUUUGGUCCGCAGCAAGAAGAAUCUCCAUUUCAGCCACAACCAGGAGAGGGGCCUGAAGAGGAAAACGAUAUUCCUGAAGGCGGGCCAUUCCGUGCAACUUCUAUGAAUGGAGCUGAGGCCAUGUUAGGUAUGAGCGAACAAGAGGGCAUGAAAAGACACUUUAAGAAAAAAGCUGGAAGGAAAGCGUUGCUGGCAUCCAUCAAACGCAAAAGGACAUCAAAACAAGGCAAAUCUCAGCUGAAAAAGAGAUCAAGAUAAACCUAACUACCGUACUGAUAAACUUUUGAAAAUUUGGUGUUGUAAAUAGGUCGCGAAGUGGCUACAUCUCUUCGCUUUCUACCCACUUCUGGACUAGACUCUUUCUUUAAUGCUCUUCUUGUCAACGACCUUCGUUGUUAUCACCUAAAUCAGCGAGCUUUAAGCUUGUCACUGUCUGCACCUGAAAAGUGUACAGCUUUCAAAAAAGCAAUUGUGCCUAUCGAAUAGAUUACUACACCCAUAGACGGGGGUUUAAGAUUCAUGCAUAUUCAAAGAGCUUUGUCAUAUGUCUCCCUGAGCCCAGAACGCCGCUAUUUCUCAGAAAAAGUCACUGCUGUCUCAACUAAUCGUUAUCCUUAAUUUGUAACAUGUUCAUAUAAAAUGUCAAAUUUUGUCUGUCCAA